AUGACGGACAGGAGGCGGAUAAACGGGCCAGUCGGGGCGACAGCGCCGCCAGUGUUUGCGCGGGGAGACCAGAGGAAGGGCAAGGUGUCGGUGCGGACGCGGCCAAACGACAUAAUACGAAAAAUUUGUGAGUGCAGACGGCAGAGAGGCCGAGAAGGCCGAGAUGAGGACGAGGACAGGCUGCUGACAGCGCGGACAGACCUGCAGACGGGGGUGACGCCGUCGGCGUCGGGGUCAGCGUACCUGGAGCUCAGCUCGGGGGCGGUGGCGGGGACGUCUGGGCUGAAGCUGAGUUGCACGGUGCAUGGCCCACGAGCGCUGCCACGGUCGAUGCCGUUCUCGCCGCACCUGAUUCUGUCGACGCACGUCAAGUACGCGCCGUUUGCGACCAAGGAGCGGCGUGGGUACCUGCGCGACACGUCGGAGCGCGACCUGGCGGUGCACCUGGAGACGUCGCUGCGCGGCGCCAUUCUGGGCGAGCGGUGGCCCAAGAGCGGCGUGGACAUUGUGGUGUCGGUCAUCGAGGCGGAUCAGGACCGGUCGGCGCCGGAGCAGGACCCGGCCGAGGAGCUCUGGGGGAUGAUGAACGUGCUGAGCGGCUGCGUGACCGUGGCCUCGGCGGCGCUGGCCGACGCGGGCAUCGACUGCGUCGACACGGUGGCCGGCGGCGUGGCAGCGCUGGUGGAGGAGACCGCGGCCGAACAGGCCUCGCCGACAGCCGAGCACGUCCUCGUCGCCGAUCCCGUCCCGGCUGAGCACGGCCGUAUCCUGGCGGCCUGCUGUGUGGCCUACCUGCCGAACCGCGACGAGGUGACGAAUCUCUGGCUCAAGGGCGACAUGCCGCCGUCGGUCGACGGGGCGCUGCAGCUGCAGAUGAUCGACCAGGCGCUGCAUGCGGCCCGCCAGGCCGACCAGGUCAUCGUGGCCGCCCUGCAGGAGACGGCCGAGCAGUGA